AUGUCUAAAUUAGAGUCUUUGGAUUUAAGUUUCAAUAUACUAUCUGGACAUAUCCCGCAAUCUUUGACAUCGAUCGAUUCUCUUGGGUUUUUAAGCUUAUCUCAUAAUAAUUUAAGCGGAAAGAUUCCAAGAGGAAAUCACUUUGAUACGUUGAGUUUGGAGGGUUCUGCUUUCGUUGGGAAUGAGUUUUUGUGUGGAUUUCCUACGGAGAAAGAUUGCGAGGGUAAACAUAGUAUUGGUAUCGAUAAAACUAAUCCUUCAAGUGAAACUGAUAACGAUGAUAAAGAGGAUGCAAAACAGAAGCUAUUGUUGUAUGCUAUUGUUUCCUUAGGAUUUGGAGUUGGAUUUUGGAGUUUGUUUUUAGUUUUGCUUCUAAAUAAACAGAAAUGGUGGUUCCCUUAUUGGAGAAUUGUUGAUUCAGUUGCCGUUGCAAUAAAUGCAAGUAGCUUUCUUCUGAAUUAUGAUCUCAUAGUCAUAGUAGCAUUUGAUAUUAGGAAGGAGUGCGAAGCAUCCUUAUCGCUAAUUUCAUCUUUGAUGGCUUCUUGCAGAAAGAUUAAGGAUUGGAUGUAUAUGUAG